AUGGGCUUGGACAACGUCAAGCACGUCGUCCUCUCCGGCAAGGGCGGCGUCGGCAAGUCCUCCGUCACCACCCAACUCGCCCUCUCCCUCGCCCUCGCCGGCCACUCCGUCGGCAUCCUCGACGUUGACCUCACCGGCCCCUCCAUCCCCCGCAUGCUCUCCAUCGAAUCCUCCAAAGUCACCCAAGUCCCCGGCGGCUGGGCCCCCGUCCUCGUCUCCCCCGCCUCCUCUACCACCGGCGCGCUGCACGCCAUGUCCCUCGGCUUCCUGCUCCCCCGCCGCGGCGACGCCGUCGUCUGGCGCGGCCCCAAAAAGACCGCCAUGAUCCGCCAGUUCUUCCGCGACGUGCUCUGGCCCGACCUCGACUUCUUGCUUGUCGACACGCCCCCCGGCACUUCCGACGAGCACAUCUCCCUGGCGGAGACGCUGCACGCGGAUGCGAAGGACAAACUGGCGGGCGCGGUGGUGGUGACGACGCCGCAGGCGGUGGCGACGGCGGACGUGCGCAAGGAGCUCAACUUUUGCGCCAAGACGGCGAUUCGCGUGCUGGGCGUGGUGGAGAACAUGGCGGGCUUCGUGUGUCCCAACUGCUCCGAGUGCACGGAGAUUUUCGGUGCGGGGGGCGGGAGGCGGAUGGCGGAGGAGUUUGGCGUGGAGUUUUUGGGGGCGGUGCCGAUGGAUGCGCAGUUCGUGGCGCUGGUGGAGGAGGGUAGGAGGCCGCGGUAUCCGGAGGGCACGGAGGUGAACGGGCAGGACAUCGGGGCGGCGGCGGGGGAGGAAGGGGACGGGGAUGGUGGUGAUGGUGGCGAUGCCGGCUCGUUGAUGGAAAAGUACAAGGACUGCUCGCUGUAUCAUUUGUUCAAGGACAUAGCGCAGCGGUUGGCGGAGGGGGCGGCGAGCCGGUGA